AUGUAUCUUUCACUCGUCCUGACUGCCUUUUACUUAGGAAUAACUUCAGCUGCUCUAAAAUUUAAUGGAAGUUUAGAUGCACAAUGGAACCAGUGAAAGGCCUCGCAGGAUAGGUUAUAUGUUUGCUUCAGAAUGAAGAAGGAUAGAGGAUUGUGGGAGAAGACUAUGAAAAUGAUUGACCUGCACAACCAGGAAUACAACCGAGGGAAACAGAGCCUCACCAUGACAAUGGAUGCCUUUGGUGACAUGUGAACCAAUGAAGAAUUCAGGCAGGUGAUGAAUGACUUUCAAAACCAGAAGCACAAGUAAAGGAAAGUGUUCCAGGAACCUCUCCCGGCUGAAAUCCCCCCAACUGUGGAUUGGAGAGAAGCAGGCUAUAUAACUCCUGCCAAGGAUCAGUGUCACUGUGGUUCUUGCUGGGCUUUUAGUGCAACUGGUGCCUUUGAGAGACAGAUGUUCUGGAAAACCGGCAGACUUAAUUCACUGAGUGAGCAGAACCUUGUGGACUGCUCUCAGCCUCAAGGCAAAGGUGGCCUAAUGGAUAAUGCAUUCCAGUGUGUUAAGUCCAAUGGAGGCCUGGACUCGGAAUCCUACCCAUAUCGUCCAAAGGUUGGAUCCUGCAAAUACAAGUCUGAGUAUUCUGUUGCCAAUGACACUGGCUUCACGGACAUCCAUCCAGAGGGGUCCCCUACGAAGGCAGCGGUAACUGUGGGGCCCAUCUCUGUUGCUAUAGAUGCAAACCAUUUUAGCUUCUAUUUCUGUAAAGAAGGUGUUUAUUAUGACCUACACGGCAGCAGCGGAAACCUAGGCUGUGAUUUGGUGGGUGGCUAUGGCUCUGAAGGAGCAGAAUCGAGUAACAAUAAAUAUUGGCUUGUUAGAAACAGGUAUAAACUGCUGAAAAAUACUUACAUUUGA